CGCCGACGCCCUGGCAUACGUCAUCAGUCCGCGCGCUGAACAUGGCAACUGCAACUGCGGGGAAAACAAAACACUGAUGAAUUUGCGGCAAAUUCUCCGCUGAUUUUGAGUGAAAACUCUAAAAAUGUCGGACUCAUUAGGAACAGAAACCCUCCAGGAUAGACUGGACCGUCUGCGGGAGCUGACAGAGUUCACCGAAAGCUGCAAAAAACAGCUAGACGAUAUAUUUGAAACGCUGGGAUGGUCGCUGGAUUACAAGGACUACAAACAGGAAGUGAUGGAGCAGUGUCCCUAUGACCCUCACCACCGAGUCCCGGUCAGGAGCAUGGAGAAACAUAAAGCCUCCUGCAGCCUCAGGAAGAUGGGCUACACAGCUGAGGAGCAGGAGGAAAUGUCUGACCCUUCAAUCUGUUACCAGAACAACAGUAUCAGAAGCUUCACAAUGGACAAAUCCACUCAACACCAAGUGAUCCUGCAGGCGAGAUCUGCUGCUCCGCUGAUGAGGAUGGAAGGAGUCUUCUGGCAAGGUCAGUACUCCGGCCAGCCUGUCGACGUGCCUCAGAGCCACAAGCGAGCCGUGUGUGACCUCACCGUCGCUGACCGGUUGGCUCUGUACGAUCACGUGGUCGGCGUCCUCAACAGACAGAACGAAGCCGCCGCCUCCAGCAACGACGAUCUCUACGUAGAUUUGGUGUCCAAGCUCCAGAAAGAUGAGGAACAAAAUGAGCCAAAGACUCACCUGGAGCUGAUGGCAGAGAUGAGGGACUACAAGAGGCGGCGUCAGUCCUACCGAGCCAAGAACGUUCACAUCACCAAGAAGUCCUACACCGAGGUGAUCAGAGAGGUGAUCAACGUCCACUCAGAUGAGCUCGCCAGACAGUGGAGAGACGAGAGAGAGGAGGAGGAGGACGAGGAAGGAGGAAGAUCUGAACACUCGUCCCACAGACGUCGGUUGGAUGAAAGGCAGUCAGCGUCCUCAGAGUCCCAUCACUCCCACAGCAGACGCCACCGCAGCCGAGAACGAAGCCACGACAGAGAGGGCAAGAAGAAGAAGAGGAGGAGGGAUUCCCGGUCGCCAGACGACUACCACCACGAACGAAAGAAGAAGAAGAAGAAGAAGAAAGACGAGAGGGAGAAGGAGAAGUGAUAGUGCAGGAUCAGCAUUAACAAUUGUCAGAUCAGAUGAAGUCAAAUGUCAUCGUGGCCUCAACUGAACAAAAGAUGUGUCAGAAUUUUAAAUUUAAAACUGGGGGAUUUUGGGGGGAAAACAAAUGUAAAUAAAGUUGUCCAGAACCAACAA